GCGGUUUAUAUAUAACUUAUCUCACGACAAUCAGGACCAUCCCGUACCACUGACUGGGUACUCCAGGUUCAUAACCUAUCUGGCACUUCACAGCUCGUACAUGACUUUCAGUUGCCAGCCUGUUAUUUUUCAAGUUUCUCGUGACUUUUCACUCUGUGAGGUGGUAAUAUUUCUUCCAUUAUCUGACUUGACACCAUGAUUUUUGCCUAAUUCCAUGAAGGAGUCUGGUUGUUGUUGGUGUUUUACAAGGUUGUCCUGUAAGCUUCCUUAUCGCUACAAGCAUAUCUCAAAAAUACAUUCCUUCUUCCUAAACAAAUGUAACAUUUCUUUGCAAAAAACACACACAGAAAAAACUCUCUUACAGGAGUUGGGUGCUACCUUAGUUCCCUGUCAGCAAGGCGCCAUUUUGUGUCCCAGUCAGGGCGCCAUGAUUGGUUCCCAGUCAAGGACCCACUGGAAUCAUGACUAUUAAUAGAUAAAAUUCCCCUUUCCAGCCUCUUUUUUUGUACCCAAUUCCCACCCCUCAGCCCUUAUAAAUAUCCCUGCUCCACCAUGGUGGCUAAUAACAGCCUCUUUUGCCUCACGCUUGCCCUGAGUUUCCCCAGUAACCGACGCACUAAGCUCAUGGAAAAAAAAAGAAAAAAAAAAGAAGCAGCAUGAGGGAAAAAUAAAUAAGAAAAUAGCCGGCCUGAAAGACACAGGUUCUUCUGGGCGUUUUGUUUUUAUUUCAUCUUGCAGGGACUGGCGUAUCUCCAGCCCCCAGCCUGUGGACAAGCCCGGCUUGUCUCAAGUGAAUGCUGCAUUUGUAGGUGUGGAGGAAGAAGGAAAGUGGAAAAAAGUACUCCCUAAAAGAGAAAAAGAGGAGGAAAAGCUGCUCCGGGGAAGGCUGAGGAGUAAAGGCAGCAGAGAAGGCAACAUGGAUGAGCUGGGAUGCAUCCUGGCCAGGUACUUGGCGUUGCCCUGCCUGCUUGCCCUGCCUGUGAUGAAUCUUUCCCUUGGCCAGGAGGUAAGCACAGAUGCAUUAAUUAAUUUUGGGGGCACAAUCUGAGCCGUGGGGGGAAUAUUUUGCCACCAUUACGCCCCCCCUCUCUCGCAGCUGCCAAUGACCAGCUUCACCGUGAGCUCCGCCAUCAUCUCCCGCUACGCCUCCACCCGGGUGCGCUGCGCCAUGCACAACCCUCACCCCACGUCGCGCCAGGCUGCCUUCGACCUCGAUCUGUCGCCUGCUGCCUUCAUCACCAACUUCACCCUCACAGUUGAUGGCAAGGUCUACACAGCUGAGGUGAUGGAGAAGCACCGGGCUAAGGAGCUGUAUGAAGCAGCCCGCAAGCAGGGCAAGACGGCCGCACACGUCGGCACCAAGGAGCAGGAGACCCAGCGCUUCCGCAUGACGGCCACGGUGGCAGCAAACGGGCACGCGUCCUUCGAACUGCGCUACGAGGAGCUGCUGCAGCGCCGCCUGGGCACGUACCGCUACGCUGUCGCCGUCCAGCCCCGCCAGGUCGUGGCCGAGCUCUGCGUGGAGCUGAGCAUCACCGAGCGGGCUGGCAUCGGCGACCUUCCGCGUGCUGCCCUUCCAGCCCGACAGGCGCUGCCGGCCGCCAGGGUGGAGAAGGGCACCCACUGCGCCCGCGUCGCCUUCGCCCCCACCCCGCAGGAGCAGGCGGCUUUCUCUGCUACUGGCCUCGCCGGUGACUUCGUGGUGGAGUACGACGUGGCACGGCGCGACGCCGUGGGGGACGUGGAGCUACACGACGGGUACUUCGUCCACUUCUUCGCGCCCAGCGGGCUGCCGCCCAUCCCAAAAGACAUCAUCUUCCUCAUCGACGUCAGCGGCUCCAUGUCCGGCACCAAAAUCAAGCAGACCAAGGCGGCCAUGCAAUCCAUACUCCGCGCCCUGCGCCCUCACGACCGCUUCAACAUCGUCGCCUUCGCUGAGGCCGCCCGGGUGUGGCGGGAGGACGGCCCCGUCCCGGCCACCGCGCCCCACGUCCGCAGCGCCGCCCGCUACGUCGAGUCCCUGGAGGCUGACGGCUGUGAGUACUGCCACGACCGCGUCCCCGCGUCCCCACGCUCCUCGCUACCGUCCCCAAACCCCGCAGGGACCGACAUCGACCGCGCGCUGCUGGCGGCGGCCGCCCUCCUCCGCCGCGGCGCCCAGGAGCCCCGCGUGCCGCUGCUGCUCCUCCUGACGGACGGGGAGCCCACGGCGGGGGUGACGGACGCCGCCCGCAUCCUUUCCAACGCCCGCCGCGCCCUGGCCCCUUCGGCCGCCCUCCUUUUCGGCUUGGCUUUCGGGGCGGACGCCGACUUGGCCCUGCUGCGCCGCUUGGCCGCGGCGAGCGGCGGGACGGCGCGCCGGGUCCCCGAGGAGGCCGGCGUCGCCCUCCAGCUCGCCGGCCUCUUCUGGGAGAUCGAGAGCCCGCUCCUGCGCCACGUGGAGCUCGCCUACCCCGGCGCGGCCGCCCGCCGCAUCGCCCCCGGCCUCUUCCCCGGUUAUUUCCAGGGCUCCGAGCUGGUGGUGGCCGGGCGGCUGGAGCCGGGCGUCGAGCGGCUCCGCGUCCAGGUGGCCGGGCACGGCGGCGAGGGCGAGCUCCGCGCCGCCGCCGAGGUGACCGCCGCCGCCGCCGAGGUGCCGCCCGGCUGUCCCCAGCGCCCCGCCGAGCUCCUCGGUGCCUUCGCGCGGCGCCUUUGGGCCUACGUCACCAUCCGGGACCUGCUGCGGGCGCGGCUGGGCGCCAACGGCACCGCCGCCCGCCAAAAACUCGACGCCGAGGCCACCGAGCUGGCCCUCCUCUACCGCUUCGUCACCCCCCUCACCUCGCUGGUGGUGGCGACGCCGGGGGACGGGGGCCCGACGCCCCCCCCGCCUGUCACCGCGGGGCUCGGCGUCACCGCCGCGGGGCCCGACGGCCCCGUGGCCACCACCGAGGCGACAGCGGGGACGCCGAAGGGACCCGCCACCGCCGCGGGACAGCUCGGGGACGUUGUGGGGCCGGCCAGCACCGCGCCGCCGUGGCCCCCCCAGCUGUGGGUGCCCCCCGUGCCGGGGGGGACGGCCAGCCCCCCCCGAGGCCCCGGGGAUGCGGUGCUGCUGCAGCCGGCCGAGGCCGAGCUGCUGGCUCCCGGGGCGGGGGGCGAGCAAUUCGUGGAGUCCCUCAACCCCCCCCCCGUCUACGCCGUCCUCACCCCCAAAGGGCUCCCCGAUGACGAAGACGCCGCAGACCUCACAGAUGAGGUUGACAGGGCCUCCUCCAGCCCCACCUUCUUCACCUUCUCCGCCUCAGUGGACGGGGACCCCCACUUCGUGGCCAGCGUGCGGGGGGCGCCGCAGCCCCUCUGCUUCACCCUCGACGGCCGCCCGGGCGACGUCCUGCAGCUGCUGACCGACCGGAGGCUCGGGCUGAGGGUCCACGGGCACCUGGUGGGCGCCCCGCCCUGGCCCCGCGCCCCGUCCCGACCCCGCACCUUUUUCGACGCCCUCACCCUCUCGGCGGGCGCCGCCGCCGUCGCCGUCACCCUGCAGGGGAUCCGCGUCACCGGGGGGGGCCCCCCCGUUGCCCUGCCCUUCUCCCGCCCUGCCAGGCUCCGCCGCCCCCCCCUGACGCUGGUGGUGGGCCGGGGGGGCCGCCUCCACCUCCUUUUGGGCCCCCGCUUGAGAUUCGGGGUGCUGCGCCACCGCUACGGCCGCCCCGGCGCCCUGCAGCGCGACCACCUCGGCUUCUACGUCCCCGACGGCGCCGGCUUGUCCCCAAAAACGGGGGGGCUCCUAGGCCGGCUGCGGGGCGUCCGGCUGGCUUUUUUGGGGACGCCGGGGACGGCGCGGCUGCACCGGGGCGAGGUGGGGGUGACGGCCACGCUGGUGGCCAAAACGGGGCCGGGGGGGCCGGGGGGGCCCCGGCGCGGGCGCUGUUGGCUGGUGCCGCGCCCCGAAGUGCUGGCGCUGCUGGGGGGGCCCUACGGGGUUUUCCUGGCCCCCCCUUCGGUGCUGGGCUGA